UCCUCUCAGCAUGGAAAACACACCUCAACUCAGACUUCACAUCUAGACUAACUUCACACAACUUAAACUGCGGAUUAUGAAUUCUUCUACAAACAGCCUGGACGAUGUAUCAGCAGACAGCAGCGCUGAGUUCCCAGACAGAGCGUCCAUGAUGGAGGUGCGUCUGCAGGCUCAGGAGGAUGAGAUCACGCUGCUGAAGUCCUCAUUGGCUGACGCUCUGCGCAGGCUCCGCCUCCACGAUCAGCUCCUGCCCUUACUGAAACAGCAGCUCAUUGCAGUGAACCCGGCUGCAGCUCGGGUGCUGAAUCAGGUCUGCUGCUCAGAUGGUUGCACCAGCAGCAGGAAACUGUCCUCCAGCUCCGCCGUGGAUGGGAUCCGCCAGACUGCUCCCAGCCAACUGUCAGACAUUGUGACCAAUGCCAAUGGCCACAUAGGAAGUCCAGUGUCCACAGAGCCCAGAGCCAGACCAGCGACACUGGACAGGUCGACCCAGACAGAUCCCAUCCUCCCAGGGCAGGAUGCUGGGCAGAACCGGGUCCCUCUCCCCAGACGUGUCCAGAGCCUGCACCUGGAGGAUGCUCUCCUUCCAGGCCAACCUGUCGAAGGGACCCGGGCCAAGCUCCACCGUGUCCCUGGUAUGGAGGAGGAGGAUGAAGAGCAGGAGGAAGAUGAAGAAGGAGGAGCAGAGCAGGAGAAGGAGCUGAGUUGGACAUCAUCAGUGGAGGAGCCCAUCCAGCCCACCACCAUCAGAGGCCUCCAGAGGGAGGACUUCCAGGAUGGAAGCUGCUCCCCUGAGGAGCAGGGCUCUGCUUCGCCAUCAGUCAGAACCCCAGAACAGAACCCUAGCCCCCGCUGCGGGCCCCUGGCCCCCAUCCAGGAAGUAGAGAAGACGCCCCUGGUUCGCAGGAACAGCGAGAAGCUGGGGAACCCGGAAAGGCAGAGGAAGCGUUUGGAUAAGAAGGCGGCGUCCUCGGCCAACCUCCUCACCCGCUCCCCCAGCCUGGAGAACCGAGCGAAGGAGCUGAUUGCCAGUGCAGGAUCCCCGGGGUCCAGAAGAGGAACCUACAGCCAAGGACAGUCAAUCAAGAUGUUCAUCCGAGGCCGGCCCAUCACCAUGUACAUCCCCUCCAACAUCCAGAACUAUGAAGACCUGAAGAUGGAGCCGCCCUCAGAGAGGCUGGAGCUGGACUGGGUCUACGGUUACCGGGGACGGGACUGCCGGGCCAACCUGUACUUCCUUCCUACGGGCGAGGCGGUGUACUUCAUCGCCUGUGUCAUUGUGCUUUACCACAUCAACAACCGAACACAGCGCCACUACCGCAAACACACAGACUGCGUCCGCUGUCUCACUGUCCAUCCUGACAAAGUGCGGGUGGCAUCUGGUCAGACAGCAGGGGUGGACAAAGACGGGAAGCCCCUGCAGCCUUGUGUUCAUAUCUGGGACUCCACCUCCCUGGUCACCCUGCAGCAGAUCGGCCUGGGAACCUUCCAGAGGGGGGUGGGAUCAGUGGCGUUUUCUUUCGCUGACUCUGGAGUGUUCCUGUGUGUGAUCGACGACUCUAAUGAACACAUGCUGUCAGUGUGGGACUGCAACAAGUGCACCAAGCACGCGGAGGUCAAGAGCACCAACGAGGCUGUGUUUGCUGUGGAGUUUAACCCGAGCGACAGCACCAACAUCAUCACGUGUGGUAAAUCCCACGUCUACUUCUGGACACUGAACGCGGGACAGUUCACCAAGAAGCAAGGCAUCUUUGGAAAAUACAAGAAGCCCAAGUUCAUCCAGUGCUUCGUGUUCAGUCUGACUGGAGACGUUUUGACUGGAGACUCUGAGGGAAACAUCCUGACAUGGGGGAAAUCAGCUGCAGACAUCAAAACGCUGGGGAAAGGAGCCAAAGAGACCUUCCAGAUAAUGCGUCAGACCAGAGCCCAUGAAGGCAGCGUGUUCACCCUGUGCACUCUGCAGGGCGGCGCUCUGCUCAGCGGAGGUGGGAAAGACCGCAAGAUCAUCCGCUGGAGCGCCGACCUGGCACCUGAGAGAGAGUGUGAGAUUCCAGAAAAGUUCGGGGCAGUCCGUACCAUCGCUGAUGUGGAUGGGGAGGAACUGUUAGUUGGUACGACCCGAAACGCGAUUCUCAGAGGAACCUUCUCAGAUGGAUUUGUGGCCAUAGUGCAGGGUCACGUUGAUGAGAUGUGGGGGCUGGCCACACACCCCUCUCAGAACAUCUUCCUCACCUGUGGUCACGACAGACAGGUGUGUCUGUGGAACACAGAGGAGCACACAGUGGACUGGAGCAUCAGCCUGGAGGACUAUGGACUGUGUGCUGGUUUCUGCCCCAAUGGAUCAGUGGUGUCAGUUGGCCUCAACACAGGAAGGUGGAUGGUCCUCGACUUGCUGACCAGAGAGGUGGUCUCUGAGUCCACUGACGGGAACGAGCAGCUGUCUGUCAUGAGAUACUCUCCAGAUGGCAGUUUCUUAGCUGUUGGAUCACAUGACAACUUCAUCUACAUCUACAAUGUGACAGAAAGCGGCCGGCGCUACACCCGCUUCGGGAAGUGUAACGGUCACUCCAGCUUCAUAACUCACCUGGAUUGGUCCAAAGACGGGAAGUACAUCAUGUCUAAUUCUGGAGACUAUGAGAUCCUUUACUGGGACAUUGCGUCAGGCUGUAAACUGCUGAGGAACCGCUUUGAUAGCAAAGACAGAGAGUGGGCCUCAUACACCUGUGUGCUGGGCUUCCACGUCAUGGGUGUGUGGUUGGAGGGCUCUGACGGCACAGACAUCAACGCCCUGUGUCGCUCUCACAGUGAGAGGGUCGUGGCUGUGGCUGAUGACUUCUGUAAGGUCCACCUCUUCCAGUACCCCUGUCCUAAACUCAAGGCACCAAGCCACAAGUAUGAGGGCCACGGCAGCCACGUCACCAAUGUCUGCUUCACCCACAGCGACUCCCACCUGCUCUCCAUGGGCGGAAAGGACACCUGCAUCCUACAGUGGAAGGUGAUCGGAGGCGGGGCGCCCGACAGCAGGGAGAGACUGGCCUCGGCCUCAUCCACCUCCACCAGCUCUCCAGAACCUGCCACCAGCUAGGAAGGUGUGGUGUUAGUCAGAGCGACAGAGAGGAGACUGUUUACACAGAGACAGAGGCGUGUUAGUGAGUGUGUCGGCUCAGUUUGGCCUCUGUGGAGAAGCCGCUGUGUCGGUUUCAGACAGAACAUGUAGAGGAAUCCUCUUCAGGAGGAAGACCCAUAUUCAUUUUACACUUAAUCCUGUAAAUCCUUGUGAAACUGGACAGUGCAGGGCUCUCCAUAGCACAGAUUAUUAGUCACUCUUGGAUAUGUGAUGAGGAUGAUUUGUGGUCGUGUGUGUUUGCUGGUACAGAACAUGACCUGACUUCUGUGGUGACGUUGGUUUCAGUGAACAUUCCUGUGUUUUUAUCUUUCUUACCAAACUUUAGCAGAGUGCUGCAUCGCGGUGCCAUUCGCCAUCGUGCCUUUAAAGAUGUUUGCAUAUUGUUUUUAGUAUUUUAAUCAGUGUUUGUUUGACAUCUCAGCUAAUAUUGAACCUGUUUUUAUGCUUGCAUUAGACAGACUGUGACAAACCUCUUAUCAUGAAAUCAACUCUCAGCUUCUCUGGAUGAUUAAUUUCUCUAACAGCUGUAAGUACACUUGAACAUGAUUACUUUAGUACAGUUUUAUAUAUAUUUAAAACAACAGUGAGAAUACUGUGAUGAUGUAUCUGUCAAGCUCCCAAUAAAUUACUAAA